GGAGCUGUGUGGAGCAGCCAAGGAAGGGCUUCAGUUCAGCUCUAGCAGAGACACCUAUCAGACACAGACAUGGACUUUCACCGUUAGCUGUAAAAAUAGGUCGGACCCAGCAGUGUAGAAGAAGAGUUCGUUUGAAGCGUGACAGAAUAAUUAAACAACCCUACGAAAUGAUGCGUUUCAUGCUGCUGUUCAGCCGGCAGGGGAAGCUGCGACUGCAGAAGUGGUACACAGCCACAGCUGAGCGCGACAAGAAGAAGAUGGUCAGGGAGCUGAUGCAGAUAGUGCUUGCUCGCAAACCAAAGAUGUGCAGUUUUCUAGAAUGGAGAGACCUCAAGAUUGUCUAUAAAAGGUAUGCCAGCCUAUAUUUCUGUUGCGCGAUUGAAGAGCAAGACAAUGAGCUGAUCACACUGGAAGUCAUCCACCGCUUCGUAGAGCUGCUUGAUAAAUACUUUGGCAGUGUGUGUGAACUGGACAUCAUCUUUAACUUUGAGAAGGCCUACUUCAUUUUAGACGAGUUCCUGAUGGGAGGAGAGAUACAGGACACAUCUAAGAAGAGUGUACUUAAAGCCAUUGAACAAGCUGACCUGCUGCAGGAGGAGGAUGAAUCACCCAGGAGUGUACUGGAGGAGAUGGGAUUGGCAUAGUGCACAGCAGGGUUGUGAGAGACUCUAGAUACAAGGCAGGGGGCGGCACCGUCUGGGAUGAAACAUGCUUGAUUCUGUGUAUUUGCCUGUCUUUGGGGACUGAUGAACAGUUUUUAACUGGGGAAGAGACUCUACCCAGUUGACAGGCCCUUUAGCUGUGUGUGUGUUUGCGUGUGUGCGUGUCUGUCUGUCUGUGUGCGUGUGCGUGUGAUACCUAAGUGUGAGGUAACGGAAAUGGGGUACGUUUAAAUUUUUUGUGUGGCUGCAGGAGAGUUGUGUGCUCAUAUUUUGAAAGGGGUGAAAAGGAGCUAUCAGAGAAUUAAGAAAGGAAACUACAGUGCAUACUGAUCUUUGUGUCACAAUGAGGCAGAUUUACAGUUUAACUGGAGUUUUAUGCAAAAAUGCUGGUUGAACAGGCAUAUCCUGUCAUUGAGCUUUGUUGGGUACUAAAUUAGGACUAAGACUUGGUCAGGAAUUUGGUAACAAGACUGAAAAAAAUACUCAGUGUUGUAGAACAGCAUGAGCACAUGACCACUACAAGCACAUCAGUUAAGCUUGAAUUAGAAAGGUCUUACAAUUGGUAGGUUGGGUAAUAACUUUAGCAUCCACCCUCAUUCUCAGUUAUAAUUUAGAUAAUGUGGCAGCUACAAUGGCUUCAGUUGUUGUCUUGUGCAUUAGAUUAAAACCAUGUUGAGACAUGGUGUCCCCAGAUGUUGCCGAUAAAGAUAUAAGUAUCAGAUUACCAACCGGAUUGAGGGCCGAAUUUUAAUUUUUUCUUUGCUUUUUAUGGCUCCACUCUGAAAAGGUUCGUGUACUACCGAAUUCAGAGGUGCUGUCAAAAUUUUUCUGUGAGUGUAUCAAAUUUAUUUCAACUGUGUUUGGUAUUUUAAGAUUUGUACUGUUUGGAAGUUCUUCCUUUAUUUUUGAUUGGCCCAUCUUACCGAACGCAAAGGUAAUAAAACUGCAUUGUGAAUAGUGAGCCAAACACAUUUGAGAUAUGCACCACAGCCUCAAACAGAUUGUUUUACAUAUAAACCACCCAUAUGUCCUGUAAGUGGACCUACGAACCCGAUGAGAUUAAAAUUUUGAGUUUGUCUUAUGCAAUUUAACAAAGUGCGUCUGAGAAUCACAUCCCAUUUGGUUUCCCUCCGCACAGCAGGUACAGUUCUGUUGGUACUACGAAUGGAUUGAAAGUACAAUAGAAUAAACUGGCUUUUAGACAAAUGUAUUUUACUGUUCCAUACACAUUUUUACAAUGCUUUAACUUUUAUUUUUGAAUAUGGGAAAAUUUGAUGUCUGUGUUAAACGCCAGCAGAAUGGGUUAGGCAGAAUGAGCAACGGCAGCUCAGGUAACAUAAGUCAGUAAAGGAAAAUAACAGGAUUCUCUUCCUGUAUGCAGUAGUACGCCUACAACCAAUUUUGAACUGGUUAUGGGAGCAACAGUUGCACAGAGUCAUGUUGGGUCUGUACUUCAGGUUUAAGGUUAAGGUGUGGCUUGUUCCCCAGUUCUAAAAAAAAAAAGUCUAGCUCAACAUCUUGUGUCAACAUGAUUUCCUUAAUGACCUGAAAAGAUGCCUCGGUCUUAACUUGCCUUCAGUUUGAUUUAGUUCAGAUCAGCUUGUCAUCAGGCGAAUGAGUUAGUCUAGUGAGUGGGAGUGUUAGAAGUUUCUUAAACAAUGUGUGGUACGGCAAAUGUACAAACAACUUUUAUUUAUGCUUACACAAUUGGAGUUUGAUAGUAUUUUAUUGAAUCACGAUACAGAGCUGAUUCCUCUUUACAUCAAAAGUCCUUUUUGUCAAUAUUUUGUAGCUACUUAUUCAAAUACUGAAAGUUCUGAGCCAUCUCUGUAAAAACUGAACCUGUACAACUAUACUAAACUGAAACUUUGGAUCUCCUGCUACUGAAAGUGAAUUGAGAUCUGCAAAUUCCUCAAAUUGAUGUUUCUUGACCAGUUUGAUUAGGUUUCACCAGAGAAGACUUGCCAUUCAGUUUUCUUUGUUGAACUACAGAAACACACAGCCCUCUGGUGACACUACAGUGAUGUCUUAUGUUUAUUUUUUUUGACUGACUACAGAUACCAGCUUUUAGAGAGCACAUUCAUUUUACAGACAAGUUUAAAUUUACAAGUUACACAAUUGAUGUUAAUUACUUACAGUUACCAUCAAUGUUUAUCACAAUAAAAAAUAUCCACCGAACCCAGCUCUACUCACAUGUACAUAUUCUCCUCAGCACCUGUACCAGGGUUAGAGCUGAUAAUACAGAGUGAAUAUAUGAAAUGUUACACUCCUGGUAUUUAGUCUUAAACUGGUGUGUGAGCUGUGGUGUGUUUGUACUGUAUAUUAUUGUUACUUCAUAAAAAGCUGUAGACGGAAUUAAUUUGUUGACUAUAUUAUUAAAAUUUGAAGGCUAUGUCCAAUAGCUCA